AUUUGGGGGCGUGUCGACGAUCAAUUUUCCGAAGCGACAACUAGCGGUCAGAGAACAUAAGUUUUAGGAUUUACCGACACGUUAGCUGAAACUAAGUCCGGAUUUUUAACCCAGGAUUGAGCUUUUAUACUUGUCUCUCUUCUCUGGUAGAAGUGAUUAAGUGAUUUUAAUAUCAAGUAAUGCGAAAAAUUGUAUGCUUUUUGGAAAUUGUGUUUUGAAAAAAAAAACAUCCGGUAAUAAACGGGAAAUUUAAUCUGGAAAAUUCAUUAUGCAGACAAUGAAGUGUGAAACCAUCUCUGCUAAGACAUAUGUUAAACGUCGAUUUCCUAUUCUUGACUGGAUUCCAAAAUACAAACCGUCAUGGUUGCUGCAAGAUACUUUGGCUGGUAUUACUGUUGGACUAACGGCUAUACCACAAGGUAUCGCUUACGGGGUCGUCGCCGGAUUGGGUCCCGAGUAUGGUCUAUAUUCAGCAUUUAUGGGAUGUUUUAUCUACGUCAUCUUUGGAUCCUGCAAAAAUAUUACGAUUGGUCCUACAGCUAUUAUGGCUUUAAUAGUUCAACCCUUAGUGAUGAAUUAUGGUGCGGAUAUAGCUGUACUAAUUUGCUUUCUCAAAGGAUGCAUCAUCGCUCUCUUUAGUAUUUUCCAUUUGGGUUUUUUGCUUGAUUUUAUAUCACUGCCUGUCAUCACGGGUUUCACAUCAGCAGCAGCAAUCAACAUCGCAGCCUCACAGUUUAAAUCUCUUUUAGGUAUACCUGGUAGAAGUGAAGACCUUAUUCGUGCCCUUACAUCUAUUUUCAAAGACUAUGAUAAAAUGAAUGUAUACGACAUCAUCCUUGGCACUAGUACCUUAAUUGGCCUUGUAAUUCUCAAGAACGUCCGUGGAAAAAGGACAGGAUCAACACGUGAAAAGAUUGGAUGGACAAUAGGUCUCACGAGAAAUGCACUCGCAGUAAUUGUUGGUGCAGUUGCAGCAUAUAUUUUCCAUGUGUAUAAUAUGGAACCAUUUCGACUUACAGGUUCAAUGGACGCAGGAUUACCUCCACUAUCGCUACCACCUUUUUCAACAAACUUCAAUAAUAACACGUAUCAUUUUCUAGAGAUGACAAAAAAUAUGGGCUCUACGUUGUUCACUAUUCCAAUUAUUUCAACAAUCGAACACAUCGCAAUAGCUAAAGCUUUUGCCAUGGGGAAAACACUAGAUGCCACUCAAGAAAUGCUAGCUCUCGGUAUGUGCAAUAUAUUUGGUUCUUUCGUAAGAUCGAUGCCAGUUACAGGAUCGUUCACGAGAACAGCAGUAAAUUAUGCUUCCGGUGUAAGAACAACUUUAGGAGGAAUAUUUACUGGUGGCUUAGUGCUUUUAGCAACUGGAUUUUUGUCAAAUGCAUUCAAAUUUAUUCCAAAAGCUACUCUUGCAGGAAUAAUUAUUUGCGCCAUGUACUAUAUGCUUGAUUUUGAGACUUAUCGUUUGCUCUGGCAUGCUAAAAAGAUGGACUUCUUUACGAUGAUGAUUACAUUAUUAUCAUGCGUUUUUUUAGGUCUAGAAAUUGGUAUUGGCAUUGGAGUAGCUUUAAACCUAGCUAUUCUGCUAUAUUUUGUAGCUAGACCUUCAGUACAAAUCUCUGUAAAUCAGAUCGAUGGCUGUACUUCAAUUCACGUCACACCGGAAGAAGCAGUGACAUUUCCAGCAGCAGAAAAUCUUCGUGUAAAUAUAAUGAGACUUACUGAAGAAAACCUUGGAAACGCGAUACUUGACUGCAAGAAUUUGAAGCGGAUCGACGUUACUGUUGCAAAGAAUAUUAAACUCCUAUCUCAUGAUCUAAAACUACGUGGACAGCAACUGACAUUUGUCAACUGUACGACAGAAGUUAAUUCUGUGCUUAAUACGUUUGCACCUGAAUUAUCAAACAGUUUUAAGGACUCACGAGAAUCUAAUUCCCCAGCGGAUGAGCCGUAGAUGAAUAAACUUGACAGAGUAGCACUUCUUGCAGAACUCUUUCAAGUGAAACUUAACGUGAGUCGAAAGUGAAAAUAAAGUUGCAAGUGAUUCGUGACAGAAGUUACACUCAAAGUUUAAACUUCGUUGUACAGGAAGUUGUAAAUUAGUUUCCUAUUAUUAAUUAUUUUACUGAAUAAGUUAUAUAGACUCCAUCGAUUAAUAACAAUUUUACCAAUAAUUCCCCGUCGUAGUUUCGUAAUUCAUUAUUAAUUGAUACUUGGUGAGGAAACUGAUAAAUAACAUCGGGUUUCAUGGACUUUUGCGAUGUCUGUUCAGUUGAGGAUUUAUUUUCGACCAAUUCCAUAAAUAAAUAUAAUAAUAAUUAAUAAUUUCGAAAAAUAAUCAAAAAAUUGUUUCAAUUAGUUCAUCUAGUCUCGAUUUGGAUAACUGACUUCUAUUGAAUCGAAUUAAACUAUUUUAUUUUUUAGUAUUUACUACAAAAUUUUAGAAAAUAAAAAUCAAAACUAGAAGAACUAAUUAAUUUCACGGAAAUGAAAAAGCAAUCAUCUUAACCUUAUAAAAAGAAAG